UUUUUUUUUGUAUUCUCCACAUAGUUGAACAUCCUAGAAAUUCGUUCCUUUGCAUUAGUCUCUGAGGAUGGGCCCGUUAGCUACAGAGCCAUCAGAGUCUGAAUGUCUGGCACCUGAGCUCCUCGUUGGCCCACAGAAAGGCUCUGCCCACCAGCUCCCCAGAGAGAAUAUGGAAAUGCUGCUUGGGACCAAAUAAGGGAAUAUAAUGAAAGGGGCCUCAGGGCUGAGUCUGUGUCUGAGUCACAUUUUAGCAAAGUGGCCACAUAGCUUCUGACUCAGAGCACAAAGAUUCUUCAAUUCUUCAUGGCAAGAAUGAGACUCACAAGAGCAUAGGCUCAGAAGUGGAAAGGAGGGUAGAGCUGUCUCCUCCUGUCUAGUCUAACCAAGGCAGCUAAGAAGCUGAGGCCAGAGAAGGGAGGGUCCCGCAGCCCUAGGGAGGGCCGGAGCCAGCUGGGGCUUCCAGACUCCCGGGAGAGGUGUCAUCCUGCCACCAACUCUGCAGGCUCUGCUCAGUCUGCUUGGAUGUUGGGUGUGUCGGGAGGCCCUGUCACCCUGCCCCGACCCGGCUAUGCUGGGGAGACCUCAGCUUCCUGACUCAUACUCAGAAGGGAGUGUCUUAGAGGAAUUUCUUUCCACCCAAGCAGUCUAUGGACUGAUCAAAAGUGCAAGUCAUGUCAAGACGUGGAAAGAGCAUCGACCCAUGUCCAAUUAGCUACUUAAAGGUCAACUAAGAAGAGGACUGAGAGUUAACCAUUGGAUUGAGCAACAUCAAGACCACCUGGAUAUUGGCCAAUGAUUUUACCCUGAACAUCUGCCUAGAGUGAUGGAGUUGUGUCCCAGCCCUCAGUUUAUCACUGGUGGAGCCACACACACAGACGUUUGUCAGGGCAGUCUAGGUGACUGCUGGCUUCUGGCUGCCAUUGCCUCCCUGACCCUGAAUGAAGAGCUGCUUUACCGGGUGGUCCCCAGGGACCAGAACUUCCAGGAGAACUAUGCGGGAAUCUUUCACUUUCAGUUCUGGCAGUACGGAGAGUGGGUGGAAGUGGUCAUUGACGACAGGCUGCCCACCAAGAAUGGACAGCUGCUCUUCCUACACUCGGAGCAAGGCAAUGAAUUCUGGAGUGCCCUGCUGGAGAAAGCCUAUGCCAAGCUCAAUGGUUGUUAUGAGGCUCUCGCUGGAGGUUCCACAGUGGAGGGGUUUGAGGAUUUCACAGGUGGCAUCUCUGAGUUUUAUGACCUGAAGAAACCACCAGCCAAUCUAUAUCAGAUCAUCAGGAAGGCCCUCCGUGCGGGGUCUCUGCUGGGCUGCUCCAUUGAUGUCUCCAGUGCAGCUGAAGCAGAAGCCAUCACCAGCCAGAAGCUGGUUAAGAGUCACGCAUACUCUGUCACUGGAAUUGAAGAGGUGGAUUUCCAGGGCCAUCCAGAGAGGCUGAUCAGACUCAGGAAUCCAUGGGGUGAAGUGGAGUGGUCGGGAGCCUGGAGUGAUGAUGCACCAGAGUGGAAUCAUAUAGACCCCCAGCGGAAGGAAGAACUGGACAAGAAAGUUGAGGAUGGAGAAUUCUGGAUGUCAUUUUCAGAUUUCAUGAGGCAAUUCUCUCGGUUGGAGAUCUGCAACCUGUCCCCGGACUCUCUGAGUAGUGAGGAGGUGCACAAAUGGAACCUGGUCCUGUUCAAUGGCCGCUGGACCCGCGGCUCCACAGCUGGGGGCUGCCAGAACUACCCAGCCACUUACUGGACCAAUCCUCAGUUCAAAAUCCAUUUGGAUGAAGUGGAUGAAGACCAGGAGGAGAGCAUUGGUGAACCCUGCUGUACAGUGCUGCUGGGUCUGAUGCAGAAAAAUCGCAGGCGACGGAAGAGGAUAGGACAGGGCAUGCUUAGCAUCGGCUAUGCUGUCUACCAGGUUCCCAAGGAGCUGGAGAGCCACACGGAGGCACACGUGGGCCGGGAUUUCUUCCUGGACUACCAGCCCUUGGCGCGCACCAGCACCUAUGUCAACCUGCGGGAGGUCUCUGGCCGGGCUCGGCUGCCCCCUGGGGAGUACCUGGUGGUGCCAUCCACGUUUGAGCCCUUCAAAGACGGCGAGUUCUGCUUGAGAGUGUUCUCGGAGAAGAAGGCCCAGGCCCUAGAAAUUGGGGAUGUGGUGGCUGGAAACCCACAUGAGCCACAUCCCAGUGAGGUGGAUCAGGAAGACAGCCAGUUCAAGAGCCUGUUUGAGAAGCUGGCAGAGGAUUCUGAGAUUACUGCCAAUGCACUCAAGAUGCUUUUGAAUGAGGCGUUUUCCAAACGAACAGACAUAACGUUCCAUGGAUUCAACAUCAACACUUGCAGGGAAAUGAUCAGUCUGUUGGAUAGCAAUGGAACGGGCACUUUGGGGCUGGUGGAAUUCAAGACGCUCUGGCUGAAGAUUCAGAAGUAUCUGGAGAUCUAUCGGGAAACUGAUUAUAACCACUCGGGCACCAUUGAUGCCCACGAGAUGAGGACAGCCCUCAGGAAGGCAGGUUUCACCCUCAAUAGCCAGGUGCAGCAGACCAUUGCCCUGCGGUACGCGUGCAGCAAGCUCGGCAUCAACUUUGACAGCUUCGUGGCUUGUAUGAUCCGCCUGGAGACCCUCUUCAAACUGUUCAGCCUUCUGGACAAAGACAAAGAUGGCGUGGUGCAGCUCUCUCUGGCUGAGAGAAAUAAUUUCAGGCUACUUCCCAGAGAGAGGAAAAUCUUUGGACUCUCCAAGAUUCAGGUUGCAUGGUAACAUCUACCCCAUCCAUUCCCUGGGCUGGAAGGGCCCUGAGAGCUCUUUGGGCAGCAAGAGACACCUUCUAUGGCUGCUGCCUAGCAGUGGCUCAGAGCACCUUGAUAUGCAGCCAGCUUGUGGCCUUUGUAGCUAUAUCCUCACCGCUGAGGGUGAAGAAGGGAGUGCCAACCCUCAGAACCAUAGAGGCCAGGUGGCAUCCUUUACGGCGGAUGUCCCUGGGUGAGCCCGAGAUGCUUCCCUGGAGCUGGAAAGCAAUCCAGAUGCAAGGCUGAUGGAACGCAGUUGGCUCCCACUUCCACCUGCAUUCUUGAAACAUUUACUACUAAUUAAUUUCUGAAUUACACAACAAUGCACUUCCUAAUUACACAGGGGAAGCACCAGCAGCUAUAACAGGGUUGUUAUCUAUUGCACAAGUGAUUCUAUUAGAUGCUGUAUCAGAAAGGAGAGGAGGGAGGAAGGGAGGGGAAAGGAAGAGAGAAAGGAAGAGAGAGAGAGAGGGAGAUGAACAGAUUGAGACUGAGAAGAAAAGCCUGGCUGAUAAUGCUUUCUAGUCUCAGGAGGGAGGCUGGCUGACUUGGGACCUCAGCAUCCCUUCCAAGAGAUGUGCAGCUUAGAGAGAAAAGGCUUCCUCAAAAACUCUGACAACUGUGCAAAUAUCAACACAGAAAUAUAAAUAAUAACAUGCAGACUUCAUGAAACAUAAUUAUGGCCCAACAUUAUGAGGAAAGAGACUCACCGGAGACUGGCCAUAUUUCUUUUUAUCUGAAGGUUUGGUUUUGCAUGGGGGUGAUUAAAGCAAAGACUCUGGUUUCUUUCUGUCUCUCUCUUUUUUCUUUUUUUGGUUUUUACUGCCAUAUGGAUUUUUAAAAUAUUUAUGUCAGGUUGGACUGUUCAUUAAAAUGAGUGGCUUUCAUAUCCUGUUGAAAUAUCUGGGUUGUCAAAUGUUUAUUAGGCUCAUUGAAUGUUACCGAGCAGCUACUAUGAGUGGGGCAAGGGUGAAGUAUGCAGGGCAGUAGGGCUACAGAUAUGAAUAACAUAUGGCCCUGCCUUUGGGUGCGUCGCCAGUCUGAAGAGAUGGACAGGUGUAAAAACAAGCAGCUUCAAAAUGAGAUGAUAGGAGCAAUGGUGGGGACAGGUGUAGGGAGUGGUGAGGGUACAGGGAAGCACGAGCUUCAUGUUGGGGUUCAGAAGAGGGUCUGUGGAACAGAGGAGAGUGUGAAACAAGAGUUGCCUCCAAUGGAGGCUGGAUUGGGAGGGCCAGGGAGCCCUUGCCCAUCCUCUGUGCCUGCGUUACAGG